AUGAUCAUUCCUACGGCGCUACGCUGUUUGGCAAGGAGUACACAGUGGGCAGUCGCUAGACUGCAUACCAAAAGUAGUCAUUGGCCAUGUGUUCCUGUCCAGGUAUUAGCACGUCUUCAUUCUGGGGAUACUUCGUAUCCGCUCUUGGAACAUUCCAAAGCCCAGUUACGAAAGCUCCGAAACCAAGAGCGGUAUUUCAGGCGAAAAAUAAGUGCAGCAUACAACAGGUUUUCCGAAGUCCCAGACAGCAUUGUGGUCCAAGGGCGACACCAUGUGUACUUUGAGGAAGAUGGCAGUAUCUACAGGAUGGGUCUCGGACAUGGUGACCAGGAUGCGGAGGUGGUCCUUCGUGCGGAUGCAGGGGGUGAAGGAGAGGGGUCCCUGCAGCGGGUUCGAAUCUCCCCAGGGGAGCGCGUGCUGGCCGCCACGCUGAGGACCCCGAGUGAGGAGACCAGGUGCAUCCUGGUGAGCCUUGGGGAGCCCCUUGCUCCCCCACAACCACUGCUCACUCUCAACGGUGUCUUCAGCUUUGAAUGGGCCACAGAUGACAUCCUGUUCUUCACCAGUAUGGACAACCUCCGGUGUCGUCAUGUUUUUCGGCUGGACCUCAAUGCGGAGGAGGAGCCAAAGAGCACCCUGGUGUAUGAGGAGCAGGACCCUGAGUUCUUUGUGGAGGUGAGCAGCUCUAGAGACAGGAGACUGCUGACGCUGAACUGCAGCAGUAAAAGCAGCUCGGAGGUGUGGCUCGUUGACUGCAGCACGCCCCUGGCCCCGCCCACGCUGGUCCAGCCCCGCCUACCCGGCCUGCUCUACCACGUGGAGCACAGGGACCGGCAGCUGUACCUCCUCGCCAACACUGCACCAGGCCAGGAGUACCAGCUGUUGAGAGCCCCGCUGUCCUCUCCCUGCAUGGGACAAUGGGAACCACUGUUCAGCCCAGCUCCUGGAACAGGCCUGAGAGACAUGGAGCUCUUCCGGGACCACUGCGUUCUGGCCGUUCGGACUCCGAGCGGACCUCUGGGACUCCAGGUGGUCCCGUUGGCUGACCCUACCCGCACCUCAGCCAUUCAGCUCCCCUGGUGGGCCUGUGCGUUGGAGACGCGACCCGAGCGAGUGGCAGGCGGCGAGGCCUUUCGGUUCCUCCUCUCCUCUCCGGUGCAUCCCCCAGUCCCGUUCCUGUACUCCCCCCAGGAGCACCAGCUCUUCUUAGAGGAGGACCCCACUGCUCCCCCGCUCCCAGACUACCAUACCACACGGCUGGAGGCCCCCAGCCAGGAUGGAACCAUGGUCCCGCUGACGCUGUUUCACAUGCCUGCUUGGGGCGACCUGAAGGAGGUGCCACUGCUGCUGCAUGUGUAUGGGGCGUACGGCCUGGACAUGAACAUGGGGUUCAGCCCUGAGAAGAGGCUGCUGCUGGAGGAAGGCUGGGCCCUCGCCUACUGCCACGUCAGGGGUGGCGGGGAGCGUGGUCUGGGCUGGCACCGCGCGGGUCGGCUGGAGGGGAAACGGAGAGCGGUGGAGGACCUGGCGGCCUGCAUCCGGCGGCUCUUCUACCUGGGCGUGUCCCGGCCCGCUCUGACGGCCCUCACUGCCCGCAGCGCCGGUGCCGUGCUGGCGGGGGCGCUGUGCAACCAGCACCCCCGCCUGCUCCGAGCCGUCACGCUGCAGGCUCCUUUCCUUGAUGUCCUGGGAACCAUGACGGACCCCACCCUGCCCCUGACCAUCGAGGAGAGGGGGGAGUGGGGCGACCCUCUUGCUGACCCCCGACACAGGGACUGCAUCGCCUCCUACUGCCCCUAUCACAACAUCACCCCACAGCGUUACCCCUCCACGUUGAUCACGGCCUAUGAGGGCGAUCGGAGAGUCCCGCUGACAGGGGUGUGGCGGUACUCCGAGAGGCUGGCGGCGGCCGUUUCCGUGCACGUCAACAGCUCCCUUACGCCAGUUCCAGAAUCGGAACCACCACCAUCCAUCAUUCUGGACCUGCAGCCGGGAGGAGACCACUUCGGCCCGGAGGACUUUGACCUGUCCCUGAAUGAGGCAGCCCGGCAGCUGGCCUUCAUCCACAGCGAGCUGGGGAUCCCAGGCAGGGCCGCAGUUAGACAGGCAUAA